AUUUUUCUUCUCCCCCGCCGAACCCGUGCCGCUCCUAACCGGCGCCGCACGCGACCUUCUUCUCCCCGAGCGGACAAAACCCAAGCGAUCCCUUUCCUCGCGUCGCUCUCUCCUCUCCCGAUCUCCACUGUUUUCCUCGCCCCAUCUUUCCUUGCCGCGGAGAUCCCCAAAUCGCGCCGAUCAGCAUCGCGCCAUCUCCUCCUUGCGCCGAUCGACAUCUGCGCUGCGUUUCCCCUCGCCGGAGCAGUGGCGUUGCCGUUCUUGCUGUGCCCUAGCCGCAGUCUCCCGUGCCCUAGUCUCGCGUACACACUGCCUUCCACUCGAUCACUGCGGAAACAACCGCUGCCGGGGGCGGCCGUCACCAGAAGGGAGGAGUCGCCGAAGGAAAUUAGGGCAAACUUUUCACCUUGCUUGCUGAUCUGAGCAGAGCGGCGACGGUUCCCUCAGGGAGGUCCAUCGCCUCCCCUUCAGCAGAUUUGCGGAACCUUUUCCUCUUCGGUGUGGAUCUGCUACUGACCUCACCCCCUGUCUUUGCUCACACUCACGGAGCUAAGCUUCCCUCACGCUCCUUGCGGCCGAGUUCGAGGAAAUCACCAGCCCUGACUACUGAUUUAGCAGCUUCACCAGCUCCAGCCACUGUUGCUUGCUGUCAUCGCCGGAGAAGAAGGUCAGGACUUUGAUGCGAGACGAGAAUCUUGACGUCAGAUUUGGACCAGAUUGGACCUUUCUAUUGGAGACGGGUAUACCUUAUCAACAUUUCUAGCGUACUUUGGAUGAAAGUGAGAGCUUGGCGGUGUAGCAGAGUUUGUACCCAUGGAGGAACUAAAUGUUGUCCAAACCCUAAACCCUCCGGCCAAGAGCUGCUUGCCCCACCUUCCACUCCCGCGUCGGAGUUCCCAUCUCGACAGUGCCUCUUAUCGUACUCUUGUUAGGAUCUUCUCCUUUUGCCUUGAUGAAUCUUUCAUUUCCACUCCAGAAUCUCGAGAGAAUCCAAGACCCCUGUUUUGUGAAAAAGAUUUCUCCUUUGAUCAAAGCAAUGGUGGAGCUUUGCCUGUGGAGCUUGGGCAUGGUUGCAGUGGGAAUAUAAGCCCUAGCCUCCAUGUUGCUUCAAGUCAUAAUCUUGGGUUGGAUGAGAAAUUGGGGAAUGAGAAGUGGGGAAAUUGUGAGGCGGUGAAUGGCCUUAUGUCUGAAAGUUUGAAGCUUCAAUCUGGAGUUGAUGAAGGUCAGGCUUCGGAUACAAUGGUGGAGCUAGGUAAUCAGCAAGCAGACAGUGGUCUAGGUGUUGAUCGAGUUCAGAAAGGAGUGCACGGUAGCAUACUUGGCUUAGCUGGAGGAUUGCACAGGAAAGUUGCUGAUGCCCAGUCUGACAAUCCACCUUGCCUUGAUUCCGAUAUUCAGAGUGUUGAGACAAUUGGCAAAUCAGAAGAAAGGAACAAAGAUAUACUAGAAGCUAAAGGAGUUAAUAGAACAAGAACAGAAAGUUUUGAGUUGAAAACUUUUACUAAUUCCACUGAAUUGCUUGGGGGAAAAGUGAAUGGACACGCAGAGUCUGUUAAAGAUUCCAUUACAUAUUUGUCUAGUGAUAAGCUUCUGGUGGUUCAACCCCAGGAGGAUAUGUCUAACUCCACAAAUGAAUCAGUUGACAAACAUCAGGAAACACUCUUGGAUUCUUCCAUGAACACCUCAGUUCAGGAACAAUUACAUAAGAACAUUUUAGAUUCAUUGCCAUAUUCAAACUCUACAAAUGAACCAGUUGAAAAACAUCAAGAAACACUCUUGGAUUCUUCUAUUGAAUGUUUAGUUAAGGAACAAUAUCAUAAGAGCCUUUUAGAUUCCUUACUAGAUUCAGACAGCGAAGAAGUUGAAGAAGGGCAAAUUGCUGGUGAUUUUUGGAAUUCAGAUGAAUUUGGGUCCUUGGUGACGCAUCAGAAUAAUCUUCAUGAGGGUCAGAAAACAGAUAUAAUUUCUGAUUGGAGUGACAUUCUUAAUAAAGAAGGUCUUGAUUGUCUCACUAAGCCCUGUGGAACUGAUUCUUCCGGCGAGAACACUAUCUUGAGUGCUUCUAACCUGAAGAUGGAUAACCAUUAUGCAGGUGUUGAUGAAGAUAACAUUACUGAUGAUCUUAAUUUGGAUGAUAUACAUUUAAAUGUUGAACUAAAAAGUUGUCACAAUGUACCUUUGAUGGAUGCCAAGAAGCAUGAAGUUGCAUUGCCUACUCUUACAUUGGACGAGGAGAAAACAAUUUGUCAGAAUGCUGGUAAAGUUGGACCAAAGAGAAAAAGAGGUGCUUUAACCGAGGAAAGAAAAGCACAGAAAAAGAAAUCUAGGAGAAGGAAAAGAGCAGAGAAAGAGAGGGAACAAGGAGUUAAGAGAUUGAAGCUUCCGCCAGUAGUAAAGCCAAAAGCAGUAAAACUCUGCAACUUUUAUAUGAUAGGCAGAUGUCAGCAGGGAGAUUUGUGCAAAUUUUCCCACGAUGCCACACCUCACACAAAGUCACAGCCAUGCAAGUACUUCGCUUGCGACUCUUGUUUGAAAGGCGACGAGUGCCAAUUUGAUCAUGAACUCUCCAAGUAUCCAUGCCACAACUUCCAGUCAAAAGGCACAUGUUAUAGAGGUGAUAAAUGCAAGUUUUCUCAUAAGAUUGUGGAUGUUGAAGGUUCCUCUUUGCCAGAUGCGAAAAAGUUAGUUUCUCCAUCAACAGCAGAAAAUUUGAAUGUGGGCAUACAAAAUUGUUUGAACAAGAACCAUGCAAAUGUAAAUGCUCCUGCAAAAACUAUUAUUUCAAGCACUACCCAUGUCUCGUCUAAGAAUUUGGAAGUCCAUUUGGGUUCGGCAAAGAAACCUAUGAAAAUGCCGAAGGGAAUCAGCUUUAUUACACUUGGAAAUGGACUGUCAAAUAUCACCAGUAAGCUUACAAACAGUUUGCUUCCUGAGAAAAGUAUGCGCAAUGAAGAAAACCCAGCAAAGGCAUCCAAAGAGGGACGGAAAAAUACUGAUUGCUCGACUGCUAAACCAUUUGUCAAACAACAAAAUGGAUCUAGUAUUUUUCUUCCUAAGAAAAGCAUUGCUGGUGACAGUUUGAUUAGUGGAGGAACCAGCAGCAGUUCUGCUACAACUUCAAUGUCCAAAGCUCUGCAAAAUGAGGCAUCUGAAGCAUCAAAAAUUUUGGAGGAGUUUCUAUUUGGUGCUACUGGCUAGCAAUUUUUUUUUUCCUUCUAUAUAUUACUAGAUGAUGCUAAUUUCAUAAUCAAUGCUGCUAGUUCCAAAUGCUGAACUAACUUCCUACUAUCAUGGACUCUGCUGCAAUUCUUUCUAGUCCCACAUGGAAGUAGCUGAGUUGGUAUUCCAAAAGUGUGGAUAAUUUUAUAGUAAAUAGUAUAUUUUUUUAAGCUCAUCAGCAAUUUUUCUAUUUCAUUAAAUGACUUUUUGUUGGUUGUCUGCGCAUGCAAAUUUUUAAGCUAGAAUUGUAUCAUGAGAUGUGAUUUUCAAGAA